GCUUGGCUGCAGCACAAGAAGGCAGAUGGUGCUGCCAGGACCGGUCCCAGCCCUGCUCUCCCCUGUGCCACAGGCUGACGGCAUGUCUGAGGUGGGAAAGGGCACCCUGACCACCCACGUGCUGAACACGGCCACGGGGCUGCCGGCUGCCGGCCUUGGCGUCCGCCUGGCCCAGCUGCAGGAGCCAGGGCUGCAGUGGAUGGAGCUGGCACACAGGCACACGGAUGAGGACGGGCGCUGCCAGCCCCUCCUGGCACCAGGACAGGCCAGGGCUGGCACCUACAAGCUGCACUUUGAGACAGCUGAGUACUGGCAGGGACUGGGGCACACCAGCUUCUACCCCUUCGUGGAGGUCGUUUUCAUCAUCACUGACCCGGCACAGAAGCUCCACGUCCCGCUGCUGAUCAGCCCCUACUCCUACACAACCUACCGGGGCAGCUAG